GCGUGGUUGAUAGUCUGCUUGCACAAUUUUGGGCAGUGCCACGAAACAUCUUAAAGAGAGCGACCUAAUCCACGACUCAAACCCAGUAAUCUCUUCGGUGGCUAAAAAUUAUUUUUAACGGGUUUUUUAAAAUCCGAAUACAACACUUCAGAGUGUAGAAUCAGAGUAGGAGGAAGGAAGAGUAAUGUAAUGUGCCAUCCGGGAUUAUUUUGAAUAAGAAGAAGUGUCUUGUUUUCCCCUUAAUUGUGUCGUUGUCUUCUGUUUUAAAACUUUGAAUUGUGGUGUUUGUCUUUGUUUCUGCCUCGUUAAGUUAUUUAUGAUCUGAUGAGAUUCUUCCAUGGUGUCCUCUUUUGAUCUUUGUUUUAGAACAUGGAAUUAUGUUAUGUGUAUGUAUUUGUGUUUUUAUUGAACUCUUCCGUAUACUAACUCAUGGCAUGGCCUUCUUGUCCAUAUACUCUUUUCCCAUACCCAUGUGUUGAAUUUAGUGUGUACUGUGUAUACAAUAUUUUACAUUAUACUUUCUAGUUUCUGUAAAAAAAUAUAUUAUACAUUUUAUUUUACCCUACAUUCCAGAUAUUUUCCUUCCAGGAAAUUAAGAACAAGCAACACACCCAACUAUCUAUUUUGUCCGUUCAUGUAGACUUAAUUGAUCAUAGAAAUGACCUGUUAAAAGACUAGCUAAAUUUAGAAACCUUCAAAAAGUUAAGGAUUCCAUAUCCUUUAUAUUAUUACUUCUCAUUGUCACACCUAAAAUUAGGAUAAGCUAAUGGUUUUAAUUAACUAUGAAAAUCAACAGACAAAUUUAACAAUUUCCAUCGAACCAACACAACUUUUUUGGUUAGAUUUGUCCCUUUUUUCACCAUUGCCACCUUCAUGACACAUUUGUCAAAAACUGUCUUUAGUUUUUGAACUAUUAUUAUUAUUAUUCUCGUUUUUUUUCAAAUGAUAAAAAAAAAAAAACACAAAACCCUCCUAAGAAGAAGAAGAAAAAAAUCUAGUCUUCUAUUAUGGGUUCUAUCCGGAGUAUUUGUUCAAUUAAAAGAUACAUAUUUAUAAUUUAUUGUUGACCUUUCAAAAGGUGGAAAUUCAUCUGAGAAAAGUCUUUUUUUCAUAUUAAAUUCUUGAGGCUCAAAGUCAAUGUUGGGUUUUUGAUAAUUUUGUCAAAAGAGAAAAAAAUUACAAUUUUGAGCAUGUCCAACAAGAAGGUGAAGGGCCUUCUUAAAGGCCUUAGAUACAUAUCUCAAAUAUUUGAAAGUGAAAAAGAGCAAGAAAUACAGAUUGGAUGUCCUACGGAUGUAAAGCAUGUGGCCCAUAUAGGAUGGGAUGGCCCCUCUGUAAAUUCUCCCAGCUGGAUGAAUGAAUUUAAAACAGCUCCAGGAUUUGCAUCAGCACCCAUGACUCUUACAGGUGAUACUCAAAGCAAAGCACAAGAUAACAACGUAAAAUGGGUCUCUGAAGAUACAAAGAGAAGAAGUUCAAGGAGUGUGACCCAAGGAAGAGAUUUGCCUGAAUUGCCAAAAUCAUCUAGAAGGCAAACAAAUACAAUAGAUUCUCCCACAAGGGGAAAGACAAGACAAUCAAGAAAAACAUCAUCUAACAGACCAUCAAACCUUAAAGAUUCUCCAGAUGAAUCCAAACAAGAACUCAUCAUGUCUAACGAUUCUGGAGAAUUAUUAUUAGAUGGGGGGUCACAGGCCCAAAACAUUCCUAGAAAGACUCGUCGAAAGAAGUCAAAAGAUAAAGACAGUUCAAGUGGUAGUAGUUAUGUGUCAUCAUCAUCCAAAUUGGGAUCUAAAACUCAACAACCAUCAGAUCCAAAUUUGGAUUGCGAUGAUUCUACUCCAACUUCCAAGUCUAGUAACAAACCAAGUUCCUUUGAAGAAAAUGAGAAUUGUGAAAGAGGAAUGACUGGUGUGGUAUCUUGAGGGAGGGAUUAAUUAAUUGUUCUACUUUUAUGCUGGCUGCUAUUAGUUAGAGUGUUGUAUAGUAGAUUAUAAUUCUCUCUCAAAAACUAGAACAACACUUUCCUAUCCUUUUUUCUUUAUGCCCAAACUUUAAAUUUCAAUGUCAUCUUAUAUUAAUUUGAUUAUUAUUUCUUUUUUUAA